AUGUCCGAGAAGAAGAGAGAUGGAGCAUUACGGAACUUUCCUAAGAGGGAAAAGAGGCCUCCUCUGACACAUUUUCUGUGCCUUCCGCUGGUGAACGACAUCUCCCUACCUCAGCUGGAAUCAUCUUUAUCAACAUUCAAAACUGCCAUUCCGUCGGUUUCGCAUUCAGAUGAUAAUGGCUCCGUACAAAAGCAAGUUUCUGCUGAACGGCCGCUCAUCCCUGAUGGCGCGGUGCGUCCCAUCGGCACUCUCCAUCUAACGCUUGGAGUGAUGAGUCUUCCUACGAAAGAACGGCUGGAAGAAGCAAUCCAGUUCUUUCACUCACUCGACUUGGCAUCCAUGAUGCAUGAGGCAGAGGAGAUUGCUAAGAAAUCGAAACGGUACCGGAAAAGGAGUUCGACGCCUCGACAUCAGUCUGACUUUACAGGCGCAGUGGGAGAGCGUGAGGACUCUCAUUCGUCAAGACGACUGGAGCAUGAAGGGGACUCUGCUUCCGCCAUCGUCUCACGAGACACCUACGAACCAUUGACCAUUUCUCUUGAAUCCUUACAUGCGCUUCCAAGGGCGCGCGCGGCUACCGUCCUUCAUGCUGCUCCUGUGGAUUCCACGUCUCGCCUCUAUCCCUUUUGCGUACUGCUGCGGAACAAGUUCUUAGAAGCAGGGUUCUUGCAGGGCGAACAUAUCAAGAAUGAGCCAGGCUCAGGCGAGAAUGAGCCCCAGAAGUCACCCGAAGAAGUAGGAUCGGACCCCGGCGACGCAACGGGUACAAUACACCGAGCUGAACCAAAUCUAACACAAGGCCAUCAGUCUCAUGCGGAUGCCCCAAUCGAGAAUCAUACAGCUCUCCUUCAAGAAAUGCCCGUCGAUUUGGCGGACGAGUCCGCACAAGCACAUUCGAAAACGCGCAAACCCAUCACGACCACGGUCGUCGCCUCCGUGCAAACGAAGUCUAAGCUCAAAGUUCGACCGCUUCUCCUUCAUGCUACGGUAGUGAAUACUAUCUAUGUCCGUGGUCGUCGGCGAGGAGCAGGCCCUGAAAACAGCGGUAACCGCCGAAACAAUCAACACACCUUCGAUGCACGGGACAUUCUUGCUCACUACCGAGACUAUUACCUCGAUAGCCAAAGGGCAACACCACGAUCUUCUGCCAUUACAUUGACCUCCCACCUCAAGGAAACAGAAAGGCAUCAAAUCGCUAACAACGGGACUGGUACCGAAAGUGGGUCAAAUUCCGCCAGUACAGAUGGCAGUAGCAGCGAAAUGCAAAAUUCGCCCCCAGAAAAGAAGAAAAUGUCAUCUGCGAAGAGGGUAGCCACAUUCCCUUUCGUUUGGGCACAGGACUUCCCCCUAGAGACAAUCUCUAUAUGUGAGAUGGGCGCAAAGAAGCUUGAUCCUGACGAUAGUGGGGUGAAUGCACGUCUGGGAGAAAAAUACAGAGUUGUAGCAGAAAGGCGCCUGGAUUUCACAUCUUCGAAGGACCCAAAAUUAAUCGCUGAGGGCAAAGCUUGCCUCCAGGAUAACCAAGAAUCUAAUGACCUUGGCAGCAGUGAUGGGAGUGUUGAGGGCGGCGUUAAAAUCUAG